GUUUAAUCAGUUUAGGCAAUCGAGAACUUGAGCAAUACAGCCACAAAUUGAUAAUUGACCAUGGAAAUUGACGAUUCAGGCGACCCGAAGGGCGUCCAGCCGGGAGGACAAGUCCAACCUCUCGCGAAUGACGUCGGGAUGGUAGGAGCGGAGGAGACGACUACGCCGGGCCAACCGCGACCUCAAACGGUGCUCGAAGACGAUGACUGCAACGGGAAUAGGUCUCCACCGCAAGCGCAUACGAAUUACUGGCCUGAAGAAGACCGGAUACGGGAGAUGUUGGCAAAGUGCUAUGAUGCCGGGAUCCUCCGGUCGGGGUGGGAUAUAGGCGAAUUGAGGGAGGAAGGAACAAAGGCUAGGUUCGUUCUCAACCGUUCCUUGGAUGAAAUCAAGGUCAAAUGGUUGAAAGAACGAACGGUCACGGUUAUCUUCUUAGAAGGCUCUAAGAAUCUUCCAAAGAAGCUGAAAGAGGAUGUUAUACGAGCAUUUGAGGAUAUUUGGAUGAACGAACAGAGAUUUGACCCGGCCAUCACCAGAGGCAGAGUUUGCAUUGAAUCAAGCAACGUUCUAUCUUACGUGGCGAAGGAUAAACGAGUGGCGGAUUGGAUGAAAGAGGAGGGAUCCUUUCGGGUGGCGUUGAAGAGACGCUGGUACAACAUAGCUUUCAAGCCAUGGUUAACUAAAGUUGAAAUUCAAGAAGCCAAGAAGGAGUUGGAGAAAACCUAUUUUUGGAUCCGUGUUGUGGAUGUCCCUAUCGAUGCUUUUUGCUACCUGGAAUCAGCUGCGGCGGCAUCAAUUGGACCGGUGAUAAAAGUCUAUCCACCGGAGAAGAAUGCGAGUACUCCUCGUCUAAUUAACGUUCGAAUGGACAUAGCCAUUGAGAGUAUCGCCAGACUGAAGGAGACAUUGGAGUUCAUGACGUUUCAGGGGCAAGUCAUCGAACUACAAGUGGCAAACGCAUUAUCUUCUUGGUGCAGUAAAUGCAGGAAGUACUUCCACUCGGAAGAGCAAUGCACGCGGACGAGGGAAGAGGAGAUCCUAACCGAGAAGACGAGAAUGGAGUCAGCAUCCGGCCAGGGGAGAGGGAAGGCCCACUCGGAGGAUAGAAGCCAGUUUAAGGGUGGGGGUAGACGUAUGGUAUCGGAAUCAUCGAAGAACGAAGCUACUUCAUCAAGAGGGGAUCUCACACCUUCGAAGCAGAGAAGAAGGUUAAGUAUGGAUAUGAAGGAACUCCGUAUUCAAGACGAAGUGCAUGCGGAGCCGUCUAGUCCAUCAAUUGAGGAAGAUAUCCGGGAAUCAAGUAAAGGGGCAAUCGACUCUGCGGCAAAGGCACUGAGCUUUCUCAAGCAUAACAGGCGCCAAGCCACAGGCUCAGAUAAGGAAUGGGACAAGUAUUUACUUCCGCUCCUCCUCACUGCUACACAGGAGGGCAUGUUCGCCCUGGCAUGGACAAUCUCGGCACAUGAGUCAGUACUCCCAUCUCAACCAAUUCCAGGUCCGCCUAUGCCUCGAGACAUGGUGAAUAUUACCAGAAGAUUGUAUGGAAGCGAAAUAGCGGUAAGAAUGAUUCCGGACAUUCCCACUCCCAGGUUUUUUAUCGAUAAACCACCUCUAAAGGUAAAGUUGUUCACCCCAAUUUUUGACGCGCGCAUGUCACAGCAAGAGUUGACUCUGCUGAUAGAGCGAGGCAUGUGCUUAUUUCCUUUGGAAUGGCUAGCUCAGUCGGAUCAUCCAGAUUUAGCUCAUCUUAGAAUUCUAGGAGAGGUCAGUGUUAUGGAACUAGGGAAGUUAAAUUCGAAAAUUCCAAGAAUGCGGGCCUUAUCCUCGCGGUUCAUUAAGUCGUACCUGACGUCCAAAUGGGACACAGGAACCGCCACUGCAGACAGGAAUUUGGCCCCGAGUCAGAGCGCUCCCCCACUCCCCUCAAUCCGUAUCCAAUCUGUGACGGCAACUUUUGGACACCAUGCCGCCCAUUAGGAUUGUUAUUUGGAACGUAAGAGGGUUAGGGGAUACGAGUGAUCGUAGUAAGCGCCACAGGCUGAAAUC